AUGAACGCCCAAAAUAAGCCCCAAAUCAUUGAGCACAUAAACCACCCCCUCGAUGACACCGUCUACGAUGUGAAAUGGGUACACGGCAAGUCCGACAUUCUCGGUGUCGGGGAAAAGCUAAAUAAAAAGGGGUACAUAAAUGUGUAUAAUCUGAACAAGGGGAAGUUCACCUGCAUUUCUGACCACGAAACGGACACAGGGGUAAAGACCAUCAGCCCCUUUUUCUCCUACUCCGGAGGAUACACCAUUGCCUGCGGUACAUUCGACGGAAAAAUACUUCUGUACGAUAUUAACCGCAUGUCCACCCCGUAUUACACCAUACACAAGCACACGAAACUCAUAAACAAAGUAGAGUGUAAAAACUACAAAAACAAUAAUUUAGUUGUGAGUGCGAGUAGGGAUGGAUCUGUCAAAAUAUUCGACAUAAGAACGGAUAAUGAAGUUGUUAGUUUAGAGCCACCCAAGGACUCGGCUUACAUCCCAGACUGUUGGUGUGUCGCGACAGGAAACAACUACAUAGAAGUAAACGAUCCCUUUGGGGGAGGCGAAGAAAACCUGAAUUUAUGUGCAGGAUAUGACAAUGGGGACAUCAAAUUUUUCGACUUAAAAAUGAUGACAGUAGAACAUGAAGUCAACGUCAAUAAUGGCGUCUGCGCAGUGACCUACGACAGGAAAGACACGAAAAAGAACAAGUUAAUUUCCUCCACCUUGGAAGGAAAUAUUUACAUCUUCAACCUGGAUGUGUACAGCGAAGAUUUGGGAUAUGCCUACAGCAAGGACCAGAUUGUUUCAGGAACAUGUUGGGGAACCCCCUUUUUGCCACAGAAUCGGGACAUUUUUGCUUCCUUGGGAGGUGACGGAAAUCUGGUUCUCUAUAAAUAUACGAACCCUGAGAAAAAUUACAUCUUUGACGAAACCAAGGGGUGCAAAAGGGGCGUUGUAGGGGAGUUGGAAAAAUUAAAUUUCCUCAAAGUGUCCACUCAACCCAUAAUUUCAUUCGACUGGAAUAUGAACAAGUUGGGCCUCUGCGCCUUCGCGUCGUUGGAUCAAACAAUUAGGGUUUACAUAAUAACGAAGCUAAAUUUGUGUUAA